AUGACAGAGGUUGAAGCUCACAAGAAGAAGGUCAAGCUGAUGGCAGAAGGUAGCGAAGAGGUCAGUGGUCUCGUCAUGCCUCCGGUAGGCUUCAACGAAGAGGAUUUAGUCGCAUACCUGGCCAGCCAUAACAUCGACACGGAGAGUUUCGGGACAGGCUGUGCGAAGUCAUUGAAGGAGCUUUCCCGUGAGCUGACUUCUGGCCAGUCUUCGUUGCUGAUCGAUUCUUCGGGAAAGGUUGUCAGGGUUGUCGACCAGGUCCACUUGGUUGUUGUGAGCCCGUCUGACAAGGUCCUUGUGCAGGUUGCAUACGUCACACCAGAUGGCGCCAAGCACUCACUGAAUCGCCUCCCUGGCACAAAGGGUCGGCCAGAUGAGAGCCAAUUUGUGACGGCGCGGCACCUCCUCCAGAAGCAGAUACACAUCGAUCCCAAUCAAGUCCGGCUGGACCUGGGCAAGGCCGUCAUUUGGGAGGA